AAAGUGAAAUUUUAUGGGUCUCCCCCUUUUUUUGUAUGCAUACAAUUAUGUAGGAGAAACUCUUCUCUAUCCCUCCUCAGUUUUUUUCUCACCUGUGAACUCUCCACGACCGCGUAAAAGCUCUGCCGAAAAUUAUCCGAAUGCGCAUUAACAAACUUAUGGAGGCAUUCCUGAUAGUUCAUUUUUUUGGUGCAGGCAAGACAGGACAAAAGUUACGUUUUUUUGCUCAAUUUAAAUGAAUAAAUUAAAAGAUAAAAAAAAAGGCUCCGCAAAUCCAGAGUAUCCUCCAAAAAAAGAAAAAAAGGAAGUGCACACAAAAAGAAACAGCAACAGUAGCAACAUCAACAAUAGCAACAGCUGCAGUAACAACAACGUCGGCAACAACAGCAGCGGCAAUGCGUUUGUGAAGACGAGCAAAAAUGGAACUGCUGGGGAGGGGGACAACAUAAUUAACAAAAUAAAGGAGCUGAAUUUAGUUCUGCUCCAAAAUAAGGAUAUAAUAGAUAGCCUUCGGCAGGAGAACGAGUCCUUUUCCUCCCAGAUCGCCAACUUUGUGAAAAAAUGCAAAGAACUGCAGUGCAUAUGCAUCGAGAAGGAAAAGGACAUCGCGAAAUUAAAGCACAAUGAAAAAUACCUGGUGCAGGAAAUAACCAAACGGAAGAAGGAAAAGGACGAACUGGAGGGUAAAAUAAACAAACUGGAACAGGAAGGGACAAGCAAAAGUGCGCACAUCUCUCAAGUGGAAUUCGAAAAAGAUAAUUUAAUAAAAGAGCUACACGAAAGAGACAAACAAAUAAAUGCUCUUCAUGGAAACAUAAAACAACUGGAGGGACAAAUCACACUUGUGCGGAACGAAAAUGCAAAAAAUAAACAAGACGUAACGAAUAAUUUAAAAAAACAAGACGAAAUAAAUGAACACAUAAACUCGAAGGACAACAAAAUUACGGCACUGGAAGAGAAGACGCAAAAAUUGAACAAAGUCAUAAAGGACAAAAUCGAAGAAAACGAAAAUUGUAAAAAAAAAAUACAACAACAGAGUGCCAAAAUAGCUCACUUGAAUGAUAAAAUCCAAAUUUUACAGAAGGAGCAAAAAAAUAAUGAAGAAAAAAUUAAAAAAUAUAUUGAUAACAUUAAAAUGUUAAAAAAAAAUAAUCAAAAGAUGGAUGAACGGAAUAUGGAAAGCCAACUGGAGGAACAACGGAAGGAGCUUGAGCAAGUAAUCUUUAACUCCCAAGUUUAUAAAUUGAGUAAAAAAAUGGGUACGCGUAAAAAAAGUACCAAUUCUUCGAACGUAUGCAAAGGUGCAAAAGGCGCAAAUGAGGGGGAGACUAAACAAAUGCUUUCCCCCAAUAAGCGUAGUCAUAAAAACCCUCCUAACAGCGAUAGCAGUUCAAGCAGUAGCUGUGGCGGAAGCAGCGAUGGAGAAAUCGUCAGCUUUUCCAAGAAAUACAAUUUAAGUAAAAAUAUGAGCAAAGACAGGGGGGACACAACAGGGAAAAAAAAGAAAUGA